UCUCAUGUGUAACGACUGCAAACCAAAGUUUCUGUAAAGGCUUCAGGUCGUGUUCUACUGGUUUCAUGGCUCUCCUCACCAACGUCACCAUUCUCCUGGUCCUGGCUUGUAUUUCCCAUCAGGUGAUGCUGGGUAGCUGCCAGAAAAGCCAUGGACGGAAGGGACGAGGCAUGGACAAAGGACAACGCAAGGAAAGGUCAGAACCAAAGGUGGGUCGCCAAACUAAGUCUGUCUCUGCACAGCUCAUUAAGGGCAAACUGGUCACCAGAGACAAGUCAAAGUGCAACUGGGCUGCAACAGGUGAGGACCUCUUCAUCCUCAGCAUCACCUGCAAGAAGGAGGACAGGAGCUUCAGCUGCGAGUAUAUAGCGAGACCAGCUGCUUGUCCCCAGUACGUCUCCAAUGUUAGACUUUACUGGAAGCAGAUUGGCAGGGCGCUGAAGAAGCAAAACGAUCUCUGCCAGGACAGCAGCGCUUUGGUCAGGGCGGGCAUGUGCAGAAGAGCUGCCAGAAAUGCUCAUUUUAGACUGCAUGCUACACAGAGGAUGAAGACUUCCCCACUGUACAUUCCACCUUCUCCAAUCAAAGCUGUCAAAUCCUGUCAGCCUGGUAACAGGAAGCGAGCAGAGGAGUUCUGCAGCGACUCCUGGUCAAGUUUUUGCACUUUCCUUUUUACCAUGGUGCAGGAUUAUGAUUGCUGAGACAAGAACUGAAAUAGUUCACACGUGUCCGUUAUAGAUGCUUCCUGCUUAACAAAAACAUUCUCAGUGGAUAGUUUUGAUUUAUCUGUUGGUGAGAAAUUUGUUCAAACCAAUUUAGACAUUAAUGUAAAGAUAAUAUGCAGAAUAUUAGUUUCCCCCUUUCCAUUUCCAAUUCUGUAACUUGUAAUUGCACUUGGGUAUGUUUUUCUAUUGUAGCCAUAUUAAAAUGACCUCUCCUCCUCAAUAUAAAAUGCCUGUCUUUGUAAAAUAAUGCCACACAUUUUCUGUCUUUUCCAAAUGUGCACAGUCCUGAUGAAGGCUUUUCAUGGGAGGUUAAAUGUUUGAGAAUAUCUGGUAACAGACAGUAAUUUGAGCCAGAGGGAGUGUGAUUUCUACAAACCUCAGCCUGCAUACUUAGACUCUGAGAGGCCUCUGAAUCCGCACUCACUGUGUGAAGCCAUAAAAACCUCACACGCUGAGCUUGCAUUAUCGAAGGUUUCCCGUGUCUAAAUAGACAA